UCUCAGCAUCAGACGGCAUAUGGCAGCCCUGCAGAGCUCUCAGAAAGGACUCUGUCAAUGAGAACUGGAGUAAAAAGCAAGUCAAAGAGGAAAGAAAGCCGGAAACAGUGAGUGGACAUGAUGCACAGCUGAACUGAGAUGUCUUUAAGGUGAUUACCAGCUGCGACUGAUGCGCUACCGAUGGCUUUCUGGAGGAGCACUAUGUCAUUUGGAUGUUUUGCUUUGUGAGCGCUGAAUGCAGCUGCUGCUGUGACUGAGCGUUCCCAGAUCAGGGAUGCAGCAAUCCUUGCCCCCAAGCGCAAGACCCUUAGGAACGUCUGCAAGAGGAACGGAGCGACCAGAGCAGGGGGCUGGGCUGCAACAAGAGGGACCGUGCCGUCAGCCGGGCUUUCUUAUGGGGUUAUCCAUCCAUUGUUGGAGCUCACCUCAUUUCAGUUGGAUGUACCUCGCUUUGAUGGCGUUCUCCGUUCUGGCAUGUUAGCCCAACGAGGUGCGUCUAAGCUCGGAGGGACCAGCAGUCCUUGGAUUACCGUGACCGGAACGCUGCCCGAUCGGGGCCGAAGGACCCUCAGGAGCGUUUUCUAGAAGAACGGAGCAACCUGUGCAAGGGGGCAGGGCUGCAAGAAGAGGGACCGAUCCAUCAACGGGGUUUCUUAUCAAUUGUUUCCACUGGAUCAAGGCUUGGUUUUACCUCUUUCGAUGGUGCAUUCCACUCUGGUAUGUUAGUCCGGCGAGGUGCGUCUAAACUUGGAAGGACCAGGAGCACUUGGAUAACCGUGACCAGAACGCUACUUGGACUGCUUGGGGAAGUGGUCAAACCGGCUGCUAUCUAAUGGUGGGAGGGGUUCCUCAUCAACAACUCGAGAGAGGAAUGGGAAAAUGUGCCAUGAAGAUCUUUCGAAGGACGAGCUGGCAUCACACAAGGCUUCUGGUGGCAUUUUGGUGGACUGAUGAUCAAUGAGUUGGACGGUUCGGCUUCAGGAUCCAUGACUCUGUAGUAGCAGAGACUCUGUAAACUCACUGACAUUGGUGUUCUUACUCUCCAGCUGUUCUUAGGGCUUUACUAAAGGAUUUUGCUUCCAAUUUCAAGGACAAGUCUGUUUUAUUGAGCCUUGCGUUGUAAAGGAAUGUUUGUUUCAUAGGUGCAGAGCAGGGGCAAAGCAGGGCGCACUUUCCUGCAACUUCCUAGUAGCUUCUCAUAGAUCUCGAUAUUUUGCUGCAAGCCAAAAGCUCUCCUUGAACUUUUAUGAUCUUCCUGUCUGGGCAACGUGCUGACAUCCCUUGACGCGAUUGUUUGAAUCAGAUACAGAAAAGCUGAGUAGACAUUGUUUCAUUUGUUUGUCCUCUUCUUGAGAAGCGACGCCAAAUUGUCCCAAUUAAUUGACUUGACGCUCUUCUUUAAAGGACUACCUGCCAAGGUCUACCUCCAUACCCCAUCAGCCUUGGCCCUCAUCUCCAUUGCAGUGAGGGCUUGUGGAGGAAUCUCCAUUACUAGUUUAGUCUGUAUAUCUGGGGCCCUGCGUUUAGCGGAGGCCCGUCGCUCAAGCCUGGACACUGCCUUGCUGUUGCUGCUGCUGCCCUCAGCUCUGCUGGCCAAAGAUGAUGUGGCAGUGCCACAUCUCGGCCUCCGAGUGCCGCUGCUACAGGCUAAAUGGUUUUUCGCUGCUCAAACGCCAUCCUUUGUCGGCAGAUGCAGCUGGGAGCCGUGUGCUGGAGCAGUCGGUGGGGGAGUGGCUGGAACACGUGGGCUUUCCUCAGUAUGAGAGCAAACUGGUGCUCAAUGGCUUCGAUGACCUGCGCUACAUGGGGAGUAACGUGAUGGAAGAUGAGGACCUUCAUGAAAUUGGCAUCACCGACCCAGGCCACAGAAAGAAAAUCCUUCAUGCAGCAAAAAGCCUCCCAAAGGUGAAAGCUCUGGGGUGUGACGGCAGUACCUCUCUGUCCUCAUGGCUGGAAACUCUGGGUCUUGGAGAGUAUCUGCACAACUUCCUGUCUAGCGGCUACCGCACCCUGGACUGCGUUAAGAACCUGUGGGAGCUCGAAAUCGUUAAUGUGUUGAAAAUUGGCCUUCUUGGUCACAGAAAAAGAAUCAUAGCCUCAAUAGCAGAGCGACCGUAUGAGGAAGCACCUUCAAAAUCCAACCGCUUUUCCCAACUCAAGAUUCAGGACCUGUUGUCUCAAAAUACGUCACCGCUCAGUUACAUGGACCCCUACACCAGUCGCUCCAUGGACAUGUUGCUUCCAUUGGGAGAAUCAGGCAGAAAGAGCCGAGCGUUGGAUCAGGAUGGCAGUAUUUCCCUUCGCUCCUUCGGCGAAAGAUCACGCUCACAUGACCGUCAUGCAGAUCGACAUUCACGUCUAAGUAUUCGCCCUUCCAGCCACUCUGCCACAUAUACCACAGUCUCCACCUGGCACCAUCACCCUGAGAAACUUAUCACCGAGUCCUGCGUUUAUGAGGCCAGAUAUUUAGGGUCUGUGAUCAUCCGAGACCUACGAGGAAUUGAAUCUACACAGGAGGCCUGCGCUAGAAUAAGGAAAUCAAAGGAUCACCGGAAAGGUCCUGUCAUAAUACUGAAUAUCACCUACAGAGGAGUCAAGUUUGUUGACGCAGCCACCAAGGCGAUGGUUGCAGAGCAUGAGAUCCAGAAUAUCUCUUGUGCAGCCCAGGAUCCGGAUGACCUUUGCACAUUUGCAUACAUCACAAAAGAUCUGAAGUCUGGUUAUCACUUCUGCCACGUCUUCACUACAGUAGAAGUGACACAGACCUAUGAGAUCAUCCUGACGCUGGGACAGGCGUUUGAGGUGGCAUAUCAGAUGGCUCUCCAGGCACAGAAGUCCCGUCGUCACAGUUCAUAUGCUGGUCCAGCCUCCGAAAACAUAGAACCCAAGACCAACAGGCCCACCUCGCAGUCCCGCAACAGCAUGCGGCGCUCCACCGGUGCACCUGUGCUUGAAUGCCGCUGCUGUUACUGUCACACGUGCUCUGCCCACCGCCCCUCCUACCUCCCGCUGCCCUCUAUCAGCCCUGGAGUUCAGUCUCACUCCUCGCUCCUACUUCUCCGGCAGAUCGACCCUCUGGAGCCGGAAACGGACCUGCAGUCCCUGGGCAGCACCAGUUGGCUCUUCGAACCGCGGGAAUCCUCCAGGCCUUCGAGUAGCACCAAGUAUGAGACCACCAUAUUUUGAAGCAGGGCACGGCCCUUGUCCAAUCCCGCCUGCUGCCCCAUUUCAACCCCACGCCCCAUAAACUCGAGUGCCCCGUGCCUUCUCACUGUGAUUUGUAGCCUUCCUCAGGGCAAGACUACUUCCCACUCCAGUCCCGACCCCGGCCCUUGCCUGCAUUGCCCUCUCGGAGUGCCGUACGCCUCCACCUUCCUUUUUUUGUCGUCUUGACCGAUGAGCGCUUUCUGGAAUCCUUGGAUUUGCCGUAUAACCAGCCUCCUCAAACUCUUCCGUCAUGGUCCGAAAUCGCCUCUUGAAAGCUUCCCUAUUUUAUACAUUAUGCUGAAUGUUUACGGUUCGGUCCCUCGUAUCAGAGGGUUCUCUAUCACAAAACCUCCAAACUUGAUGCGCCGAGUAGCACUCGGACACUUGUAGCAUUUCUACAUCCCCUCAUCCGGACGGACACAUUGGCGGAACUUUAUUAGAAAUUAGUAGAUCCACGAACUCUCUGACUGCAACAGCAAUACUAGUACUGUUUUUCAAGUUUACGUACAUUCACGGUCAUGAAUGCAACAUAACGCAGUUUCCCAUCGGCGCUCCUUGAACCCUGUAGCACUAGAUCACUUUCCCCCCCCGUAGUUGGACCCACGUUUCCCCCCCAGCAGUUCUUCAGUUUUUCAAAAGAGUUGGGUCUGUAAUCUCGAUUCACAUCCAGUGCUUCCUUUUGUCUUACCAGGCAUCUGCAGCUCUGAGGCCCUCGGAAGAAAGACUAUGCCUGUUUAGAGCGUUUAGAGGUUGGGAUUUGAAAUGCAAUACAGUUUUACUGGGAAGAGUAGAAUACAGCCCCAAGAAAGUGGAAUAACCAA